GUUUUUUAUUCCUCCCCCUCAGAUCAUGUCAGCCGCACAUGUGUGUCGUCCAAAAAAUGAUGACUGUGAUUUGCCCGAGUCAUGUACUGGAAAAUCAACCUGGUGUCCUGAAGAUGUCUUUGCAGUCAAUGGAAUCCCUUGCAAGAAUGGUAAAGGCUAUUGCUACAAUGGCCAGUGCCCACAGAGAGAGGAGCAGUGCAUUAAAACGUGGGGUCCAACUGCUGUGGUGGCUCGAGAAUCUUGCUACAACUACAACACAAGAGCAGAAUACUUCGCCUACUGCAAACAUAAUGGCGAUAAAUAUAUUGGAUGCCAAAGACAAGAUGUGAUGUGUGGAAAACUGUUCUGUGAAAAUGGCAAUGCAAGUCCCAAUUAUGGACGGCUGGUAAAAGUCAAAGAAUGUAAAGCCACAUUCUACAGCGAUCCUGAAAAUGAUUAUGGCCAAGUCGACACUGGCACCAAAUGUGGGGAAGGGAUGGUUUGUAACCAGAACGAGUGUGUUGACCUAGAGACGGCUUACAAAGCAACAAACUGCUCAGCCAAGUGCAAAGGCCAUGCGGUUUGUGACCACAGAAUGGAGUGCAGAUGUCAACCUGGAUGGCUGCCGCCAGAUUGUGAAACACCAGCAGAAAGUGAUGGUUUGUCUAAAGGUGUGAAAAUAGCCAUUGCUGUGGUUGUCUGUGUCCUGAUUGGGAUACUUCUAUUUGGACUGGCCGUCUUCUUUUACAAGCGCAGAAAGAGCACACCACAUUCAUUCCGCCAUCCAAGGCUGCAGAAAGUUCAUGUAGUCGACAUCCCUGACUACAGCCUUCAGUUGAUAUCAAAUCAGAAGCCAUCUCCGGCAAUAAGGCCUACAGCACCUCCUCCACCUCCACCCUCACCCUCUUCAGUCCAAUCCAGAGUUCUACAUAAUGACUUUAUAAAUGCACGGCAGGCUCUUAGACCACCUCCUCCAAGGGUGUGAUGUCUAGCACCUGUCAAACCUCAAGAAGUGGAACCAUGCAGCAGAUUGGAAUGGUCAGUCACUCCAGAACCUGCAGAAGUGUGUUAGGAGACUGAGGCUUAGUAAACCCUUCAAGAAAAAUCUAAUGUCUGUGAAAAUAAGCCACAUGCCUAGCAUAAAUAUGAGACUGACACAUUGAGUUGUUCUUAUAAUUUGACUGAGUAAAAGAUUGUCCUUGAGUUAAAUAAUGAAUUUGAAGUCAGGUUUGUUUUUAACUGAAAAUUAUCUUUUUUUUUUUUAAUUUAAUUUAAUUUGUACAGUCUGUUUCUGUGUAAUAGAGCCUGCCUUAUG